AUGGGCAUAGGUGACUUCCAGCCAGCCAGAUGCCCCCCUAUCUGGAGUCUCAAGGAGUGGAAGAAUGUAGGAGUUGAGCAGCUGCGACUCAGCACAGUAGACAUGACUGGAGUCCCAACCUUGGCUGACCUCCAGAAAGGAGUCCGGUUUGCUCUCAAGUAUCAGUCGCUGGGCCAGUGUGUCUACGUGCAUUGUAAGGCUGGGCGUUCCAGAAGUGCUACUAUGGUCGCAGCGUAUCUGAUUCAGGUGUACAACUGGAGUCCAGAGGAGGCUGUAAGAGCCAUCACCAAGAUCCGGUCACACAUCCACAUCAGAUCUGGCCAGUUGGAAGUUCUUAAAGAGUUCCACAAGGAGAUUACUGCAGGGGCAGCAAAGAAGGAGUCUUACCACACAUCACAGACGUGAAAUACACAGAUUAGAAAGAACUCAAGACGACCCUGCUUGCUACAGAAUCAAAUAGUGUAACAGGACCAAGGGGGCUUAAGCCCAGACUUGACAAAGCAGGAAUGUGCUAAGUAAUGGAUAAUUUCACUCCCUUUGUCUUGUUUCACUUUCCUGAAGUAACACUGUUGUGUGCUAAGAGA